AGUAAAACAUUUCAAAAGUUUUUUUUUUUAAAUUUUGAUGAUUAGAGCGUACAGCUCAUGAAAGUCCAAAAUCCAGUAUUUCAAAAUAUUAGAAUAUUUCCUAAGAUCAAUCAAAAAAUGGAUUUGCAAAACAGAAAAGUUCAAGUUCUUUAAAGUAUGUUCUUUUGUGCACUCAAUACUUGAUCGGCAGGACAUAUUACAGCAAAUGACUUGCUCCUAGCACAAAUUACUGCAUCAGUGAAGUGUGGCAUGGAAGUGAUCAGCCUGUGGCACUGCUGAGGCACUAUUGAGCCUUCAGAUCAUCUGUAUAUUGUUGGAUCGACUGUUUCUCAUCUUUCUCUUGAAAAUAUCCCAUAGAUUCAGGUCAGGCAUAUUGGCUGGCCAAUAAAGCACAGUAAUAUCAUGCUCAGCAAACCACUUGGAAGUGGUUUUUGCACUGUGGGCAGGUGCUAAAGUCCUGCUGGAAAAGGAAAUCAGCAUCUCCAUAAAGCUUGUCAGCAGAUGGAAGCAUAAAGUGCUCCAAAAUCUCCUGGAAGAUGGCUGCAUUGACUUUGCACUUGAUAAAACACAAUGGACCAACACCAGCAGACGUCACGGCCCCCCCAAAUCAUUACUGACUUCAGAAACUUCACACUAGACUUCAAGCAGCUUGGAUUCUGUGCCUCUCCAGUCUUCCUUCAGACUCUGGGACCAUGAUUUCAACAUGAAAUGCAAAAUUUACUUUUAUCUGAAAAGAGGAUUUUCGACCACUGUUCACUGUCCAGUUCUUUUUCUCCUUAGCACAGGUAAGAUGCUUCUGACGUUGUCUCUGGUUCAGAAGUGGCUUGGUAGUCCUUUUCCUGAAGAUGUCUGAGUGUGGUGACUCUUGAUGUGCUGACUCCGGCUUCAUUCUACUCAUUGUGAAGUUCUCCCAAGUGUUUGAAUUGGCUUUACUUGACAGUAUUCUCAAGCUUGCGGUCAUCCCUGUUGCUUGUGCACCUUUGCCUACCCAAUUUCUUCCUUCCAGUCAACUUUGCAUUUAAUAUGCUUUGAUAUACACUCUGUAAACAGCCACCCCAUUCAGUAAUGACCUUCUGUGACUUACUCUCUUUGUGGAGGGUGUCAAUGAUUGUCUCCUGGACCAUUGCCAAGUCAGCAGUCUUCCGCAUUAGUGUGGUUUCAAAGAACAAAAGAUACCCGGAAUUUAUACUGUAGGGAUGGUCAUUUAAUGAAACUCAAAUGUAAAUAUUCUAAUAUUUUGAGAUACUGGAUUUUGGACUUUCAUGAGCUGUACGCUCUAAUCAACAAAUUAAAAAAAAAAAACUUUUGAAAUGUUUUACUUUACAUGUAGGGAAUCUAGAAUAUAUGAAAGUUUCAUUUUUUAAAAUAAUUUACAAUAAAAAAAUGAACUUUUUCACGAUAUUCUAAUUAUAUGACCAGCACCUGUACUAUCUCUGUAUUUAAAAAAUGUAUUUAGAUAUCACUUAUAGUACAUAUUACAAGUGGUAACUAAAUAUAUUUUUAUGCACUCAUCCUGUUGUCAUCAAAGAUGUUCCUGUCUUACUUUCUUCAGUUGUAAAGAAAUUGUUUUUUUUUUUUUUUUGAGGAAAACAUUUCAGGAAUUAUCUCCAUAUAGUGAACUUCAAUGACUGAGGCUGACAUGGCACGUGAGCAUAUUUCUGCUUCCAGGACCAGACAUCUCCAGACUGCCUUCAGCCAGUGAAUGUGCUCAAAUGACAGAGAAGGGAUUAGGACUUUUAUUUUGGAGUGACGACAUGACGUCAUAAGACUGCGCCGAACUCCUUCAUCUGUUGUGAUUCUGAUGAAUAAAGAUGGCGUUCAUUAAAGAGGAAAGUGAAGACAUGAAGAUUGAUUUUAUUAAAGAGGAGACUGAAGAAAUAAAGAUUGAAGAAACAAUCAGUGUGAAACAUGAAGAUACUGAGGAACAAACAGACCUAAUGACACUGAAAGAGACGAGUCAUGAACUUAAUGAAAUGCAAGAAGAGAAAAAACAUAAUGAUUUCAUGACUGGGGAAAGAGCGACACAGGCUAAAAAGUCUUCCUCACAAAAAAGAGCUCAAAAGACAGGAACUAAAAGUUAUUUCACCUGCCAACAGUGUGGAAAGAGUUUUAAACAACACAGAUUACUUAAAGUCCACUUGAGAGUUCAUACUAGAGAGAGCCCCAUCACUUGCCAACAGUGUGGAAAGAGUUUCACACGUGAAGACUACCUUAAAGUCCACAUGAGGAUUCAUACGGGAGAAAAGCCUUACACCUGCCAACAGUGUGGAAAGAGUUUCAGUCAAAAAGGAAAUCUUAAAGACCACAUGAGAAUUCACACUGGAGAGAAACCUUUCACCUGCCAACAAUGUGGACAGAGUUUCAGUCAAAAAGGAAGUCUUAAAGUCCACAUGAGAAUUCACACUGGAGAAAAGCCUCACACCUGCCAACAGUGUGGAAAGAGUUUCCCUGUAAAAGGAAGACUUAUAGUCCACAUGAGAAUUCACACUGGAGAGAGCCCAUUCGCCUGCCAACAGUGUGGACAGAGUUACAAAGAAAAAGGAAAACUUGAAAUCCACAUGAGAAUUCACACUGGAGAAAAGCCUCACACCUGCCAACAGUGUGGAAAGAGUUUCAGUAGAAAAGGAAGUCUUACAGCCCACAUGAAUAUUCACACUGGAGAGAAGCCAUACACAUGUGAUCAGUGUGGAAAGAGUUUCACACAUAAAUUGACCCUUUAUAACCACAUGAAUAUUCAUGCCGAAGAGAAGCCAUUCAUUUGUGGUCAGUGUGGUAAGAGUUUCAGAUUAAAAGGUAACCUUAAGAGCCACACGAGGAUUCACUCGAAAGAGAAGUCUUUCAGAAGUCGUCACUGUGGAAAUAGCAGAGGUAUCGGCUCCUCCAACCAAUCUGCAGUUCAGUCAACAAAGCCCCGCCCACUGCAAUUACUUAAUGAAGCUCCUCAUAUAGCAGUCACAUCACCAGUGAAGCUCCUCCCACAGCAGUUCAUCAAUAAAUGCUGGAAUAUUCCCAUCAGAAGAGCACUGAAGCAUCAGGAAGAGCUGAAAACCGCAGAGAACAUGAGUGAUCCAGAACCCUGCAGAAUGAAACACACUGAAGAUACUGAAGAACAAAGAGACCUGAUGGAAGAAAGCAAGGAGAGUGAAGAACUAAAGACAUUUCUAAAGAAAAGAGCCAAGAAAUCUUUCACCUGCACUCAGUGUGGAAAGAGUUUCUCAACCAAACAACAUCUUAAGGAUCACAUGAGAGUUCAUACAGGAGAGAAGCCGUUCACAUGUGAUCAGUGUGGGAAGAGCUACAGUCAAUCAUCAAGCCUUAAAGCACACAUGAGGAUCCACACCGGAGUGAGACCAUUCACAUGUCACCAAUGUGACAAAACAUUUCUUGGGGAAUCAACCUUAAAGAAACACCUGAGAGUUCAUACAAAGGAGAAGCCAUAUUCAUGUUCUGUGUGUGGAAAGAGUUUUUCACAGCUGCAUUAUUUACAUAAACAUGAGAAAAUACACACUGGUGUGAGAGAGUACAUGUGCUUUGAGUGUGAGAAGACUUUUACUAUAGCAAACCAUUUAAAACAGCACCAGAGAACUCACACUGGAGAAAAACCUUACAAGUGUUCACACUGUGACAAGAGAUUCAGUCAGUCAUCAUCUCUGAAAACACAUGAGAUGAUCCACACUGGAGAAAAACCUUACAAGUGUUCACAGUGUGACAAGAGAUUCAGUCUGUCAUCAAAUCUGAAAACACAUGAGAGGAUUCACACUGGAGAAAAACCUUACAAUUGUUCACAGUGUGACAAGAGAUUCAGUCAGUCAUCACAUCUGAAAACACAUGAGAGGAUUCACACUGGAGAAAAACCUUACAAGUGUUCACAGUGUGACAAGAGAUUCAAUCAGUCAUCAUGUCUGAAAACACACAAGGAGAUCCACAGCAGAGAGAAGUGGCACACGUGUGAUCGGUGUGGAAAGAGUUUCUCUUUUAAAAAUCAGCUGAAGAUACACAUGAAGAUCCAUGCAGUGGAGAAACCACAUCACCACAGUCUGCAAUCAUGAUAAGUAGUUCAUCUUUAUGUGCUGAGCAACAAUCCCUCUUCUGUGUAAGGUAGACAAAUCUUUCCUCUCCACCUAUAGUUGGCGCUGUUGCUCUGUGGCUGCUGUUGAAUUAUCCAGGUUGUGAAUGAGGAGAGACCCCGAAAUGCCUCAUUCAUUCAUUUAUUCAUAGUUAACUGUUUCUCAAUAUGUGCUCUUGUCUGUACUUGUUUGAAACGUCAUCAGUCGCUGUCCAAGUACUGUUCCAAUUCAAAGUUCACAUCUAGCCAAGUACAGUUCAAAUCCCCGGAUGUGUUCUUGAUCCGUCAUUUUAUCGAGGAUGCAUUGAGAGGUGACUUGUGCGGACUUGAGACAGCCAGGUAUCCCAGAAUGCAUCUUGCACUAACCAGCAAGUGUCAGCAGCAGAGGAGAAAACCCAUGUAACACACUACUGUUAUUAUGUCAUGAUAUGUAGUUUUAAGAGUUUUCAGGCAUGUAAGAAUGUACUGGUUUAAAGCUUAAAUUUGUGGUUUAUUGAUAAAAGUAGCACCUAUUUGGAGUUGUGAGAUCCAGAUGAUCACUGGGCGCUCAUGUACCCCGCUGAGAGCAUCCUUACCUCGGCUAGUCCUUCUGACGUUUGCCGCUGGCUCUGAUGUCUCUGUAGUGCUUAAACAUAAUAUAAUUCAUCUUUUGUAAAUCUAACGGGUGAUCUUUGGUCUCAUAAAUCUAUAAUUUGUUGAACUAAAAGUGAAAUCUCAUAACUUAUAGUUUACUGUUGUAGCCUAUUAGAGCGCUGACUUUGUAUGUUUGACUGAAUCAUUUGCUUUAUUUUUCAUUGUAGCUUCUUAUACCUUUUGCUUAUACUUAUAUAAUGGGUAUUUGGCUAUUGUUGGCCAUUAAAACUGACAUUUAACAAAAAGAG